GCGUGCGUCCGCCCGACCACAGGAAGGCCGCCUCAUUGGUUCGCGCAGUCGGGACUCCGGCGGCUUUUCUCUUAGAGCUCAAGGCGCUGACCCACUUCUCUUCCUCCAACCCAGCGUGUCCUUCCUUCCGAAGUGCCCAGAGCUGCCGGCCCGAAAGGAUCCGGACUGAGCUAGGCGGGGUAACUGCACUGAGGCACCAUGACGACCCUGGACGAUAAGUUGCUGGGGGAGAAGCUGCAGUACUAUUACAGCAGCAGUGACGAUGAGGACAGCGACCGCGAGGACAAGGAUGGAGGCAGGGGUGCGCUGGCCGGCACUUCGAUGCCUGCAGAUGCUGAGUUGGCAGGCGAAGGCAUCUCAGUUAACACAGGUCCAAAAGGGGUGAUAAAUGACUGGCGCCGCUUCAAACAGUUGGAGACAGAGCAGAGGGAGGAGCAGUGCCGGGAGAUGGAAAGGCUGGUCAAGAAGCUGUCGAUGACCUGCAGGUCCCAUCUGGAUGAAGAGGAGGAGCGGCACAAGCAGGAGGCGCUGCAGGAGAAGCUUGGUGCGAAGAUGACUCUGAAGGAGUUCGCCAUGAUGAACGAGGACCAAGACGAUGAAGAGUUUCUCCAGCAGUACCGGAAGCAGAGGAUGGAGGAGAUGCGGCAGCAGCUUCACAGAGGGCCCCAGUUCAAGCAGGUUUUUGAGAUCCCUAGCGGAGAAGGGUUUUUAGACAUGAUUGAUAAAGAACAGAAAAGCACCCUCAUCAUGGUCCAUAUUUAUGAGGACGGCAUUCCUGGGACCGAAGCCAUGAAUGGCUGCAUGAUUUGCCUUGCUGCCGAGUACCCAGCUGUCAAAUUUUGCCGGGUGAAGAGCUCGGUUAUUGGGGCCAGCAGUCGCUUCACCAGGAACGCCCUUCCUGCCCUGCUGAUCUACAAGGGAGGUGAAUUGAUCGGCAAUUUUGUUCGUGUCACUGACCAGCUGGGGGAAGAUUUCUUUGCUGUGGACCUUGAAGCUUUUUUACAGGAAUUUGGAUUGCUCCCCGAAAAGGAAGUCUUGGUGCUGACGUCUGUGCGUAACUCUGCCACCUGUCACAGUGAGGAUAGCGAUUUGGAAAUAGAUUGAACUGCUAGUCUAAUUGCAUAGAUUUCUCAUUGUUUAGGCUGGAAGACACAUGGCUGUGUAUUUAUUUUUGUUCCUUCCUGUGUUGUGUGGCAUCUCAGCUGUUCUUUGUAGUCCCUUUUAUUAUACGUAAAGUCAAGAAAUUCUUAGAUUAAAUUGGAAUGCUGAAUCACCUUGUGGCUAGCAGCAGUAACUUAAAAUUGUGUAAACAGGAAGCCAGGCUUUUGAACUGUUUACCUAAGAUUCUCCAGCAUGACAUCUCUGUUACUGUUUCUAGUCAAUAUUUACAUAACAUCCUAAAGACAGUGUCCGAGAAAUUGUCUUCAGAUGGUCUCAGAGGUCUCUGCCAGGCCUGGGAAUAUAAUUCUAUAGUUAGUGUGUUCUUUGCAACAUAAAUAGUGUGUCUCUUUCAUCAAUGAUCAUAAAUUAUAUUUACUUGUAAUCAGAUCCAUAGUCCUGGAAGGCAGUUACAUUUUUACCCUAGACCCUCUUCUCUACCAGGGUCUUGGUUAAAGCUUCCCGACAAUGGAUGUUGGCCCCAUCAAGAGGGGUGACCUCUGCUGUUGGAGCCAGUGUCCCGCUCAAGCAUUAUUAGGUCUUGAAUAGGAGGAAAGAUUGAUGCUGACUGCCCUCUUGAUGCUGAAGGUCAGCUUGAUUUAGAAAUCAGAGCUGGUUUGGAGCUGGGAAGCCUUUUGAAAGGAGGAUUUCUUAAGAUAACUCCUGCUCAUUUCUUUGUCUGUCUUUCUCUUAUUUAACAAUGUAAGGUUUUGUUUUAAUGUAGCUUUUUAAAAAGCUUUUUUUUUUUUGGAUACUGGAAAAAUAAUAUUUAACAGAGGAACAUUUGCCAAAAUACAGAAGUGAAAAUAAGAAAGUUAGAAUAAUAUCUAAUUCUACCGCCUAUCUGCCGCCUAGGGUAAAACACUAUUAACAUUUUGGCAUAUUUCCUUCCAUUGUAUUUUCUUUGUAUAUGUAGACAUUUUGGUUGUGUUUAAACAAAACAAUGGGAUCAUUCUGAACAUACUGUUUUAUAGUAUGGUCAGCUAAUAUAGAUCAAACUUUUUUUCAUGUCAUUAAAUAACCUACAACGUUUAAAAAAUGGCCAUUGAUAUUCCACUAUGUAGAUGGCGCUGUAAUUUGCUUGGUGGUUGUCUCUUAAAAAGAAAAGCAGCAAAGACUUUUUACUACGGAAGUAAUAGAUGUCCAUUGUAGAAAAUGUAAUAAAAAUUAUGGUUAAAAAGUGAUUUUAAAAGUCCUGUAAUUCUGCCAAUCAAAAAUUAUCCACUUUAUCAUUUUUAUAGGUAGCCUUCUAGUCUUUUCUAUUCGUAUUCAUAUUUAUAAUAAUGAUUGUCAUUUGAAUGCUUUUCACUUGUUUUUUACUUAAAACGGUGUACAUUCUAAGGUCGGGGAGAUGUAAUCUGGAAUUAAAAGAUUAACUUUAAAAUUCAUUUUUGCUUUUCCUGGUUAUUCAAGAGUGGACUAAAUGUAGAAGGGUCUUGAAAAUAUCUGUCAUGCUUUAUCAGUAGGAGGAAAGUGUACGGUUUAUCUGCUUUAAAAAGCUCACUGUAGAAAGCGUGGAAAAAGUAGAGACAACUGUUGUCAAUGUUCUCAUUUAUUUCCCUCAGUCUUUUUUUUUUUUUAGUGUUUUAAUAACAUCGAGAACUUAUUGGAUUUAAUUUUGUGUUCUACUUUAUUUAAUAUUAUAUCAUAACUACUUCAAUAUGUUAUAAAAGUUCUAAAUAAAUAAUUCUAAUGGCUUCAUAAUACUCC